CUUACACCACUUACUUUCCUUAGACAACAGUUGAAUUCCCUCUCAAUCAGAAAGGAUGAAGUGCACUAUACUGUUCCUUGUGCUGUCGAUGGUCGUCCUCAUGGCUGAACCUGGGGAAGGCUUUAUUUCCCAUCUUAUCGGUGGACUUUUUCAUGCUGGCAAGGCUAUCCAUGGCUGGAUACAACGUCGUAGACGAAGAGGGGAACUGGAGGUAGAGCAGGAACUGCAGCAACAACUGCAGCAACUGAAACAUCUUCAGCAACAGGAAAAGCUGAACCAACGCUUUAACCGAGAGCAGCUCAAACGAGAGAGAGUUGUUUUUAACUAGACUUCCACCUGAAAGAGAAAGUCUAAAACUCUUUACUGUUGUUGAAAAGAAUGCAUAACCUAAUUAACAUAACCACGCGUGGCUUUAAGACAUGUGUGAAUGAUUGAGUACAUGAUGAGAUGAUUCAAAGAGACAAAUAAGUUGUUUUAAAUAAAUUCUCAGUAAGGUUAAAUAUUCUGCAUCACUUGUAAUGUGUAGAACUGCUUUAUUAU